CAGUCCUUGCAACUCGAAGCAAUAUCAAGAAGGGUGAACAAUGGAAGUAUUAGAACUAACCGUUGGGAUCGGAAAGAAGAUUCAGUGUCUGAAAGGUAGAUAUUCUCCAUAGAUUAUCUGCGUGGAAACGAUUUCUGAGAUGUCCAAUAACCUAAAUUUUGUUUGUACAGUAUGUUCCAAUGGUGAUUGGGCGAUAUUAAAAACUUAUUUAUCUCACACAAUUCCUGUUGUAUAAGUUGUGCAACACGAAUCGAUCUUCGCACUUUUCAAUAAUGUUCGCAUUUGGUGGAAUUUAAAAUUGUUGUCAUUGGGAUUGUGUAUCAAAUAUACAAGCUCCUUCGCGGUCAUGAUUUUUUGUUUUUAUCCUUUAUUAUAAUGAACGAUACGUAUACUCGUAUAGGUAAUUAUCGCAUGGUUACUCGAGAGAAUUGGAUAAUUCGCAUGAGAAAAUUGGAUAAUUCUUAAUGUCAACAUCAUAUUCUUUCGCCAAAGCCAGUCCUGCCAGACUUUCAACCAAAUUUGUGAAAAUCGUUAAUGAAAUAAUUGUACUCUUCUUAACCAAUCAGCAUCCAGUAAUUUUGUCAUGCUAAUAAUAAAUACAAUUAUCUUUCAAAAAUUAAUUGUAAUUUGGUAAUGUUUGCGAUAUUUUUUAGUGAGGACGUCUUGUCACUGUCCGAUCGUUUAAGAAAGCAAAAACUCAAUGCAAGUACGAAAGAAACGGGUAUGUAAGAUCGUUGACUUUUAUUAUUAUGUGUUCGCAAUGGAACAAAAUGGAUCUUAGCUAUAAAUAUCAACCCAUUUCUUUCGGCAAAUUCUGUUUGUAUGUUAAAGUCAUUACAAUCACUAGCAACUGACGUAUCUCAACAGUAUUUUAACACGAUGAAGUAAAAUUUGCAAUCUGUUUGCGCGUUUGUAAGAAUAUGGAUUAAUUAUCAUCAUUGUAUUUUUUAGAUAAUGUUUCUGCAAGGAAGAAGUCGGAACUACGUCAAAUGUUGUCUAAACGUUCCACAGUACCUGUAAGAAAGACUACCUUCAGUAAGUCAAAAAAGCGAUUAGGACUGAUAAUUUAAGCUAACUUUGUUUCCAAAUGUGGUUGUAAAUUUCACACUGCUGUCCCUAGAGGUCCAAUGAAGGCCACGCCAUAUUAUUUAGCGUUUUUACUGGAGGAAGCCGAAAUACCUAAAGAAAACCUGCGGUGUUUGGCAAGAAUAGUGAGUUUGGGAAAUAGCAACGUCGAUGAAGACGUUCUCACAAACAAUAGCAUUUCUACUCGUGAGACAAUGGCGCCUAUAAAUUGUGUUCCCUUGAGUAUUCCAAAGGCUCGUUUCCACUCAAGAAAAAUGUCCACGAACAGGAAAUUUUCCGAAAAUAUCAGAAAAUUUGUGCCAGCCAAUCACAUUUUACAAAAUUUUCUUUCUGUGGAAAAUCUUCCUGAGUGGAUAUGGGCUUUAAAGGUCGUUUUCCACUAGGCGGAAUUUUCCGCGUGGAGCGGAAUUUCUCUUUGUCUUGUGAUUUCUCGGGUGGAACUCGUUAGAAAGACAAAGAGAAACGCCGAUCUGCGUGGAAAAUCCCGCCUAGUGGAAAACGACCUUAAUACGCCGUCGUUAGUCAAACUGCUAUGUUAUUUGCAUCAUUUUGACGGUUCGUAACCACGCCAAGAGUUAAAACGUUCCAAGAUAUUUGCGGUGUUUUGUGUGAAUUUACUGACUAUUGCUACUUAAGGGUUGUUUGAAAAGAAAGAUAUUUAAAAGUGUCUUUAGGCUGCGAUAAUUCGAGAUUUGUAUUCGUACUUGAUUGAUUGGUACUGCAUGAAUUGAUUAUUGCCACGUACUUGAUUGAGCUGGUACAAACGUAGAUUCAAGAUGUACUUACUGUAGUCUUUGAAAUGAAGUACAUAAAGUACAGGUUUCUGAAAGGUAUUCAUUCAGUGAGCUGAAACUACGAGUUGGAACAAGGUGCAUAGUUCCGUACAGUAUGUACUGUAUAUAUACAAACAUUACAAUCGGCUCCAGCAUUCCUUAGUCCCGCCAGUCCAGUCAGUUAAGUAUUUCAUGCCAAGACAUGCCAGACUUACACAUAUACCAACUAAGUUACGGUAUGAAUACCUUGGGCUUGGAAAAGUCUUAUGGUACCGGCAAAAAGCAAGUACGCAGAUAGCGACAAUAUCGCGUAUACCUAUAGGUAUACUGUAUACGUGGUACUUGGCAGGAAAAAAAGUACCAGACGGUAAUAUUACAUGGCGUACAGGCAAAUACAAUUUAGAAAAUUUAUGCUUUAUCUCGAAUACAUCAGUGUAAGUAAUUUUACUUUCAGAAAUAUGAUUUCCAUAGUUUAUUGUCUUUAAGAGGCAAUUUUUUUCAAUGUCACGUAUUUGCAAUGAAAAGUGUUCAAAACCUAAAAUCUUUUUGGCGUUCCUCUCAAACUGUGCUCAAAAUUACUUUGUUUUAGCUUUAUUCUCUAGUUUAUACAGUUAACAACCCUUUUAAAUGCAUCUGGCGGUUGAGAAACAUAAAAUAAUAGUUAAAAAUUGUCAAUUAAAAUACAAUUAUCAAUGAUUCUUUAAAAUUGACGCCAUGCAUAUUUACAGCCGUAUAAGCAAAACUUACUGAACUUCAGGCGUCAUUUUCUCUUUGGCGUAUCAUCUAAAAUCUCUUCAUUUUAGCAUUAUUUUACAGAUAAAGCACUAAACAUACUUUAUAAGUUUGUUUGCCGAUUGAGAAACGUAUCGAAAAAUAAAAAUUUUCAAUUUAGUCAUAACCUCAAGUGGUAUAUUAUACGCAUUAGUUUUGAGCGCGUGUUACGUAACAUACAAAAAAAACUCCUCUUAAUUGUUAUCAUCAGCAGUUACAAAAGCUUUCAUGUUCGUAUGAACGGAACAAUCUAAUCUAAACCUUUCAUCUUUUCUAAACAAUUCAUUUUGUUACAUUACUUUCUGCAAAUAUAUACUCGUUCAUAUUUAGUAAAAUAGAAGUGUUUCGACCUAUAUUCACUGUAUUUCAUGUUGUGUAAUUUCAGUCUCAGACUGGCGGUCGAGAAAAGAUUCAUCAGCUGGAUCAAUCGAGCCUGAGACUUCUUCGGAGGCCGAGGAGAGUUCAGAAAAGGAAGAGAAGCCGCCAUUGCAAAAGAGUCGAGAAACUCAGAAAUAUUCCGGGAAGCAAAGUCAGUUACCAGUGUCAAAAGCAAGUGCACCUAAUGAGCAAGCAAGACCUGUGGUGCACAGUACUCCGAAAUUUGGAAAUGGUAGGUAUUGUACCCAUUAUAUAAGAACUAAGAACCAUCUUUAUCCAGUAUUCUAUAUAACUAAGAACCAUCUUUAUCCAGUAUUCACACUUGUUAGCUCUGUCAGUUCUAAGCUGUUCUCUGUAUAGGUGUUAAUAACUCCAGUGGGUGUUGUAUUAUUAGAGAAGAAACCUAAACCAAAAUGUAAACUAUACUGGUUAGCAUAUAGUUAGACUACGACAUAGUCUGUAUAGUAUCUGUCAAGUAAGACCUCCUAGACUCAGCAUUUUAAUUAUGUUCGUCCAACGUGAAUACAAGCUAUAGAGGCAGGGACGCCGGAACUGGGGGGGCAGGGGGGGGGCGGCUGCCCCCCUUGCCUUUUGCUAGGGGGGGCAGAAGUGCCCUUUUAGUUGUAAAAUAAUACGUGAUAAAUCACAUUUACAACGAUGCUUUUUGUAGGAAAAUCACGAGAUUCAGGUAAUUUAUAGUUUAUAUUUAUAAAAAUUUUGGGAAAUUUUUGGAAUUUAGAAAAAUAUUUUGAAGAAAUGGCGAAAAUUUAAGAUAUCCGGAAAAAUUUUUGGCUUCACGGAAAAUUUUUGUAUGUCCGGAAAAAAAUUUUUGACCCCUGAAAUGGUACACUGACCGAAAUUUUUUUGGCGACGGGGGGGGGGUCGCCAAAAAAUUUUGCAGUGAAAAAAAAUUUUUCAGUAAAGGUGCCCUUGGUGUGCGUCCGCCCCCCUUUGCCCUAUUAUCGUUCCGGCGUCCCUGUAUAGAGGGUACAUCUAUACUAAUCUGAACAGUCUCGCUUAGCAGUUCGUGAGGAAAAUUGAAAAGAAGUGAAUAAUCAUUGUCUGUAAAUCGGAUACAGAUUUUGCCCUGAAUUAUUUAGAAAAAACUUUGCUUCGAUUUUCUCAGUUAUUUGGUGAAGUUAAUUGAUUUUACUCAAAUGCAUUUGAAUUUCAAGUAAUAUAAAGCAUUCGCAUCCGAACUGCAUAUCUAUGAUUUUCUACAGCACGCCAACAAAGUCUGUAUAUAGACCGCCGCUCUACCCGUUGAGCUAAUCCCUGUUGACUCGAUAAAUCUAUUGGUACUGGGUACUUUAUCAGAUCUAAGUUGUUCUUCUUUUUUGAGGUCCAGCAAGUGGCAUUCUUUUUUGUUCCAUUGUCCUGACUUUAUUUAUACUGGAUAGCUAUCUCAAUUUGGAACAGUUUUUCUAAUGUGAAAGGUACGUACCUCAGCAGCGCCCACAUUUAAAAUUAUUUUCUGUUUCUUUAGGAACGAGUGGCUUCUCGUUCUCUAUGGGUUUUAACCCGUCCUCUUCCUUUGGCGCUUUAACUGAAAAGAAGCCAAUGCCUUCUAAGACUGCUGUUCCUAAGGAGAGCUUUACAAGCCACAAAUCUAAAGAGAAAGCUGUUCAGCCAGCCCAAGCUUCAUCAACAGCCAACGAGGUAAAUGAAAUGAUGUACCUUUUACUGGUUACCUCUCAUAAUGGGAGAACCAUUUCUUAUUGAUCCAGUGUUACCGCAAGAGGAACCCGUUUUAAACUGGAAUGACUCUUCUCAUAUUCGAUUGGGGGAAAAGUAUACUCAGACAAGUGCCCCAUAUAGCGCUCGUGUAAGGAAGCAAAAAACUUUAAAAAUCUUAGUUUUGUCAUAUGUGUUGAAGAUUACCACAAACUGACACAAUCCAGUCCCUCCUCGGCAAUCUGACGUCCGUGUUGACAAAAACGUCGCGUGCUUAUGCACCAGUUAAAGUAAACUCCGACUCCCCCCACCCCGGGAUAUAGGUGGGGAUUGUCCCACAAUAUGGGACAAAAUUUUCUAGCAAAAGACAAAAAAUGGCCCACCCCCGGGGGAAAUUGUAAGUCGUGUGAGCGAAUUUAUCUCCUGCAUAAUAUCUCCUCGACAAUCUCCGGGCCGCCGCAUAAAUCGUCCACAUUUUAAAAUAUUAAUAUUUUGUUCCAAAACUCAAAAGAACAAUAAAAACAUAUUAAUAUAAACAAACAAAUGUCGAGCUUUCCACAACAAUAUAGAUUCCAUGCAUGGAUGGAUGGACAUAUUAACAUAUUAAUAUAGAUUGAAAAGGAAUGAAUAUUUUUAUAAAAUACCUCUCGAAUUCACUUCCUUGCGAUUGCGAGCACGCCAUCUUGACCUUUGUCACAUGGUAUAAAAUGGUAGGUUCAGGGGAUUCCAUUGUACAAAACGGUACAAAAUGGCCGCCGACAAUCCCCACUAUCUUCCCGGGGUAAUUCGGCAGAAUGACAAAACCAACAAAUUCCCGACAUGGUUGGGAUAGAGUUCGAUGACAAAAAGCCACUAAAUCACCACAUCGCCUCUUUGCCCGGGGGGGGGGGGGGGGCGGGGUUUACUUUGACUGGUGCAUUAAGCUUCCCCGUUAAAAUUUUGCGUUAAACUUUUGCGUUGGUCUUAAUAUGGGAUUCUUGUCCUGUUGGCUAUAUACCUUUAACCUCAUUUGUCCUUCAUCUAUAUGUAUAUAUUCUUAAAUUGUAAUAUAUUUUUAAACAGUAUUUAUUCGUUAAUGUUUUAAACGUUGGAAAGUUAGUAAAUAAAUAAAUUUUCCGUUGUUUUUACGCCCUUGUGAGGAACAUUUGAAAAAGGAAAAGUCAGGAUCCGAGGAACGUUGAACUCUUUUUUCAAGUUUCUUCAGUGAUCGCAAUGGGGGUUUUGUUUUGUUUUGAAAAUCCCACUGUUCUCCAGUCCAUCCAGUCACUCAUUGUUUUGCAAACACCUUUUAAUGUAAUGAACAUGGCUAGAAAUCACGGACAUGAUUAUUCUACUUCCUUACCAAUAUGCAUAUCAUUAAUACAUAACCCGUUGAAAUAUGGCUUCGGUAGUAAACAGUAAAUUAUAUUUACGCGAUGCUUUAAAUCGCAAAAUCAGAAAUAUUGGUAGGUCGUUUGCAAUUUGCCUCGAUUGCCGGCUGCAGAACACGGUCUGUUGAAAUAUAUCGUGUAGUGUUUGCCUGGUGUAAGUUACUGCCUACUCUGCAUUUUCGUUUGUUUCUAGUGGCAAUAGUGCGGUAUUCUUAUAUAAAGAUAUAUAGGCAAAUUCCGUACGAACUAACCUCUGUACAAAUACUGAAAAUGCAGAAUAGUCAAAUCAAGUCAAUAUUACGCAGCAUCGCGUAAUAUAAUUUACUGUUUACUGCAGAAGCCAUAUUUUAACGUGAUAUGCAAAUUACGAAGGAAGUAGAAUAAAUCAUGUCCGUCAUUUCUGGCCAUGAUUAAGGCCUAUUUCAAACGUUGCGCUUCUCAUGUACUGAAUGCAUCAGAAACAAUAGAUAAUGAGGCAUUUCAGCUGAUUAUCUAUUAUUUUUAAUGCGUUCGGCACAUGAGAAGCGCGACGUUUGAAACAGGCCUAAAUCUGACUAAAAGCUUUUAUAAAAUUUUGUGCCAAAGUAAUUGCGACGACAUUUGGGGACAUUCAUAAUUUUAUAAUAUAUUCGAACCUUGCCCAAUUUUCUCCAACAAAUAUUUUUAAUUUUUAGGUUGGUCAAGCAGCUGGUCAUGAUGACAAGGGAAGUUUGGGCAUUUCCCCCCGAGAUGCUGCUGCAGCCGCUGCUUUUGCGCGGGCGUCAAGUGGUGCCAGUAAGCUUGACUUGGGUGCUUCCAUUCCUGCGAAAACUUUGGUUGAACAUAAAGCGGAAGAUGGAACCAACAAUAUUUCAGGGAAAGGUACAGGAAUAUUAUACACUUAAUGUCUGCUGCCGAAGGAAAUAGUUAAUUUUGUUUUCCCGAGAUUCUCAAUGUUUCCCGAGAAUAACUCGAGCAAAACAUUGAGAUUCGAGGGGAACAUUGGGAUUCGGGGGAAACAUUGGGAUUUGAGGGGAAAGAUUAGGAUUCGAGAGGAAACAUUAGGAUUCGAGGGGAAACAUUGGGAUUUGAGGGGAACAAAACUAAGUAUUUCCCAAGGAAACAGACAUGAAGUGUUCUGUUGUAUAGCGACGAAUGGAAAAUCAACAACAUUCAUACAAAAUUGUAUUUCAUGACAAAAACUCUAUAGUGUAAACGAGUUUAAAAUUAAAAUAACCUACUUAAACGGUUUCAGCAGCGUAUUCUGUUGCCUGUUGUGUAUUUCUCUGCUCUUUUACAUUCUUUAUUUUAACACCAACUUGGAAAAUCAUAUAAUUUGUAAGAGACUUGCUGGCUGGCAGCGAGAGCUACUUUUUUACAGUGGACUGUCUAGGCAGACAAUGUAAUCCACGAUUUCAAGCUAUUAUUUCGUGUGCACUCGUGCAAAUUCGGGAAGAGUAUAUACUUUGAUAUUUAAACCCUCCAGUCUAAGCUACAUGUUACGGUUCAACUGAAAUUUUAUGCCGGCUUAGUACAAGUCUUUUGAAUGCACAGUUGAGACUUCUUAUUGGUCUAUUAAAAUGCCUAUGUCAUGAUUUUGGAUUUUAAAUAUUUUUUAUCUUUGGUGCAUUUUAUGAAGAAAUGCAAUAAAUCUUUACAAGAAUAUAUAUCAUCUUCAUAGGAUUAUCAGCCCUCAAAGUUACCGGAUACGAGAAUUUUAUACGCUAGAAACAAAAGAAAUCUAAUUUGCAAUUCCCGGUUUGAUGUCAUAUCCGGUAACUUUGAGGCCUGAUAAUCCUGUGAAGAUGGAACAUUUUCUUUUCAAGAUAUAUUGCAUUUCUUCAUAAAAUAUACAAAUGAUUACAAAUAAUAAAUUACACAAAUCAUGACAUGGGCACUUUAACCGAGAUUUUUCCUUCAUUAGAUCCGAACGCUGACCACCAAGCUCGACUGAUCGCGAACGCAGCUGUCAAAGAUGCUGCGAACAAAAUGAAGAAUGUCACCCAAACUCCUCCUUCGAACACCGCGUCGACAUUCACCGUUCGGUCUUCGUCAAGUGCCGCUCAAUCCUCGGGACCUCCCGUAAUGGUUCUACAACCCGGUGGAACAUAUGCCAUGAAGAAGCCCGGCGAAAUUGCCGCUCAAUCCUCGGGAGCUCCCGUAAUGGUUCUACAACCCGAUGGAACAUUUGCCAUGAAGAAACCCGGUGAUACUCCCGUUUUCUCAGCUGGAAAACCGUUUUUAUCGACUGGGAAACCGGUUUUACCGGCUGGGAAACAGGUUCCGCAACCGGAAACUCAAACCAAGAGCAAAAAUUCAACGAUCGGAGGUUUUAUCCCUGAGAAAGGCGGAACAACCCAAAGUACUGGUUUUAGUUUUAAACCAACGUUUGAUAUUCCUAGUUUUGGGUCUCAACCAGUGUUUGGUGGUGGUGCUGGUGGAAUAAGUGGUGGUGGCGUUAGUAGUGGCGUAUUUGGUUCUGGCAGUACGCUGUUUGAUAAUACCGGACCACCAUCUUUUGGUAUUACCAGUAAAAACCAACCGAGCUCUUCAGUCGUCAAGUCACCAUCGCGGGAAGAAGGUAGGUCUAAGAAGACAGUCGACCUUGAACAAUAG